UCACCAAGAUGCACUCGAUUCGGAUCCUUACUCAAUUGGUGUGCAUUGCCAUUUUGAUCCAACCGCUGCUGGGGGUGCCAAUAUUUUGGUUUAUUCCUUGGCGUUUUCCGUCAACGACGAGCAGUUCCUCGUCCGGCACUACCACCAGCAGCAGCACCGGGACCGGGUCCAAUUCGUCCAACGUCUCGAUCGGGUUGGGCAAUCGCGUCAACACUUCCACCGGCCUGGACGACUAUGGUACCAACAUAUCGAACGUACAGAUCAACGUGAACCGCGCGCGAAGAUCCGUUGAUACCGUGGUGAACCUGGACGGUCGUUCGGCGAACGGAUCGUACGUAUCGAUCGGUGAGCACACGAUCCGGUUACCGGCCAACGUCUCCAAUCUGACCGUCAACACGUACCUCGUCAAUGGGGUCGACGGUGGCUAUUUCGUUUCCGCCGAUAGCGAAGCGUUCAGUGGAAACUCUAGCACCGUCACGAGUCCGUUGCUCACUGCCAUUAGGAACUUUAAGAACUUUCUGCAGACUCUGUUUAAUCCCACCAGUGGGUAGUUAGGCAAGGUAGAAAUUAGGAAUAGGGGGAAAAAUGGCGUUGCAUUCGACCUACAUUCGGUGUGUUUUUUUGUUGAGUUCUAAAAAAUAUAAAUAUCCUUCGAACGACCGUAGUCCCCUCGAGAAGUGCGCGAAUACUGCGCGCAUCACCCAGACCGAUGCGCCCUAUUUUUAGAUUGGCACGACACGUAUUUGUGUUUUGCACUUUUCUUCACUCGGCGCAAGGCGGAAGCAAAU